CCUGAUUGGCCGCCGGACGAAUUGUUUCACCAUGCACCGCCCAGGGCCCCCUCGGGCCAUUGGACGGCCGACGUUUCAGGGGCACGCGUCUCUCCCAUUGGCUUGAGGUCUCGCCAGCGCAAUCUCCAGAGACACACAUUUUGUUUUUAAACGCACAUUUGUUGUUCAUCAAUAAAAUUCAGCAUUUUUGCUACGCGAUCAGAACUUUGAUCAUAUUUUAUUUUCUGACAUUUUGCUCGCUUGCAUUUUAGCGGAUCACAAUGGAAAGCAAACCCAACCUGCGUUUGGAGGCUGGAGAGCUGGUGCUGAGGGCAUCUCAGGGGGCACUCACUGUGGAGAAAAUCCAUCUAUCUCAGGUGUCCAAAGGAGUGCCCUUUGUGCCUAAAGACCCAGAGGCUGUACUGGGGGAGGCCAAGGUCAGGGUUAUCCGAGGUGGAGGGGAUCCCUUUGAUGACCUGCUGCUGGCAAGUCAAAGCGCCAUGCAGUUUGGUCAAUACAGGGGGAAAACCUUCAAGUGGAUGCUUGAAAACGACCUUGGUUACUCCCUCAUGGUCCUGUCUGGGCAUCAGUGGGACCGUGAGACUGGCAAACUGGACAGAGGUGCCCUCAUGGCCAACAAGGAUGCCUUUCUCCAGUAUGCCUACACAUUUAAGAAAAUAGCAGAUGCCAUCAAAGUGCGCAGGCAGAGAGAGGGCACCUUACCUGGCUGUGAGGGUGACUGUCUGGUGGGCUUUGGGGUCCACAAGAAGAGCACCUACAAGGAGCUCUAUGAGGCUACGGACAGGGAUAGGAAAAGCUACGUGAGGUUAAUCAGGAGCCAGGACACCAACGCAGGAAGCAAGAUGGAUGCCCUACAGAAAUACAUCCUGGGGAGGGACCAGCAGAACAUUAGGGCUGAAGGGAAAAGAAAAACAUCUUCCGCAUCCCAGCCUGUUGUCCCGCACCCUUCACAUCCGGCAUCUCCUCCUCCCACCCAAAGCUGGCAUUCCCAGCCAGCCACAGCACACGAGCCAACAGAUGAUGAUCUGCUAGCUUCAGCCAUGGAGGUGGAGACACAGGUACUUCCACCACCUUCCACGCCGAUCUGCUCACCUCGCUUGGCCGCUCAAAGUCUGGUGUCAGCGGCAUCUGAGGUUGUUCUCCCCGAGGCCUGGAAGCGCUCCCUUCCAAAAGAACAGCACGAGUGGAUCGGCCGCUCCCUCUUCCGAAAACAGGGUGGAAAGGCAGUGCUGACUGAUAACCUGCAGAUGUGGUGGUACCCUCCCCAGCCACGUCUGCAGUAUCAUCAGCCUCCAGUAUCGCCAGACGUGUUCUUCACCUGGCCGCUGUGUUUGUGGAUGCCCUACAGGAUGUGGUCCUACAAGCUGAUCUGCAGCUUGCCAAACUGCAGGCAGUCCGGUCAGCAACUGACAUCUUGUGGGCUCUACAAGACAGUGAGGCGGGUGCUGAAUUUACACAGCUGGUAUCUUCUGGCAACAGAAUACCUGGAGUGUCAGCGCUGCCAUAAGAAGCAGGCCGCGUGGUCCUAUGACAUCCUGGGCCAGCUGGAUCCGGCUCACCGCAGGAUGUUCCCAGCUAUCCUCACUUACCGGUUCUCUUGUGAUAUGCAUGUGGCUAAGUUGAUGAGGGAGCGCUCUCUCUGCAACAGUGCCUCUAUGUUAUAUCACAAGCUAUGUGAACAGCAUAGUGAGGACUGGAUGGAGAGGUCCCUGCAAUACCUCUCUGUGUGUGACCGGUUCCAGGGCACCACCACACGACCCAUCACACCUCCACCACCCAUGCCGCCUGUACCGACCGCUAAGUGGCUCCUCUAUGUCCACGCGGAGGAUGUCCGGUCCCGGUAUGGUGAGCUCAAAGCCAGGGUCACCUCUGUCUUUGGCUCCAUCCUGAAGAUGAGCUCCACAAAAAAGGUGGCCAAAAAACUGGUGGGAACUGCAGCUGAGACCACAGCCUUGGUCACCAAUGUGGGCAAUGAGCACGGACAGGUCCUCAUGUCUGUGCUUAUCUCACAUGAGGGUCAGGGACUGCUGCCCAUGACCACAGGCCUGGUGAACAGGUACAAGGCGGCUGGAGUGGCUCCUCCCGCACUCCUUUAUGUGGACAGAGACUGCUGCUCUUCUGUGGGCACAUCCAGAGCGGGUGCCAUGUUCAGCAGCUGGAGUGAUCUGGUGGUUCGUCUCGAUGUGUGGCACUUCAUGCGGCGCUUUGCCGCAGGUCUGCACACUGACAGCCACCCACUCUACGGUCUCUUCAUGGCAAAGCUCUCUGCCUGCAUUUUCGUCUGGGACGAGGGAGAUGUGGCCCUGCUGCGGGAUGCCAAAAGGAGGGAGCUGAAGCAAGGUCAGGGCAUCACAGGCCUCACAGAUGAGCUGCUAACCAGCAGGCUCACCUCCAGACAGCUGGCGCAGCACUGUCGCCGCUGCACACGUGGCGUGGAGGUGACAGUGAAGCUAAUUGGAGAGAUGCUGGAGGCCUUCAAGGACGCCAGGGAAACCAUGGGCAUCCCCUUGGUGGACCAGGAGAGGAUGGAUGUCAUUUGGGGCACCCAAAGGCGGCAUCUUCCUUGUAUCCAGGAUCCCCCUGGAGUGCAGCUGUACACCCAGACAGGAAGUAUUACAAAGGGAGGGCUCACACUUCCUGUCUACCGCUGUGUUCGGGGGUCCACUUCCCUGGAGUCCUUCCACAACCACCUCAACCGCUUCAUACCCGGAACUAGCGCAAACCUGGAAAAUUUCCAGGCUUAUUUGCUUGAGGGUUUGGAGCGUUGGAAUGAGGACCGUGCUGCUGCUGCCUUCGGGCAUAAGGCCCCAUCAUCGCUGCGCUGCUACAGUGCCUCGCUCCAGCACAGCCUCAAUGAGCUCAGUCAGUGUCUUCUUGGCAAGACUCUUGUACAAGACUCCUCCAAGCCAAGACAGUACACCGGCGAGCUCAUCGGGGUGGAGUACCUCUGCUCGCAGCAGUCCUGGGAGUUUAGGGAUAAAUUUGGGAGGGACCCAGAUGCCCCAGACGGCAUCCCAGACAACUUGGUGGAGGUAGAAGAUGAGGGAUUUGUGGAUGAGGUCGAGGAGCAGGACCGCACCAUCUCUCCUCUUUCUUUGCUGUACACCAAGGAAGCAAUACGCUUGUCUCAGGAUGUACCGUCACCCUCUCAGUCCUCCCAGGACCUGCCACUGGAGCCCCAAGAAGAGGUGUGCAGAGGACCAGAUGGCACUCCAGGGUUUGAUCGAGUGGUGGAGCUGGCCAGGUACCUUGUCGAGCUCAGGGAAAAGCCUUGUGUCUCAGAUAGGGAAGCUGCUGACAUUGUCCGGCUGUGGGACAGACUGCCGGACAGUGACAAGCAGGGGGUUUCCUAUCCGUCGAGGCACAAGGACAGACUUCUGCAAGGCAGGUUCAAUGGAAAGGAGAGCCUGAAGCGGUGUGUGCUGGGACAGGGGUCAGGCCCUGCGCAAUGGCCCAAUAUUAGUAGGAUUGUGGAGGCAGUAUGUCUGGAGCUCUGCUCCAUUCAUCCAGCGAGGAAGGUGAAAUGGGGCGUUUCUAUGAACCGCUGGGCUGCCAUUCUACAUGACUACCAGGCCAUACGGAGGCUGGUGGGGAACUGCCCUGCACUUAGGGGAAACACCAAGAUUCAGCUCUUUGAUCUCAAUCAGCGGACGCUUUCUGUCUGGUACAAUAACUACAGUAAGAAGCUGGAAGUAGAUGUGCUGGCUCUGAGUGUGCCCUUACCUCAGAUCAGCAUGGUGUCUCACACCCCGCUUCCAGCAGCCAAACAGAAAGCAUUACUGCAUGCUGAGUCUGGGACAGAACUUCCACCCUUCCCCUUUGUUGAGAACCCUGACAUGUCAGGUCAGGCCAUACGAUGUGGGCAAAGACCUCCUCACCCUGUACCAACACUGCCAGCAGCCGCUCCUCCAGCAUCCGCUCCUUCUGCUCCUCCGGCAGCCGUUCCUUCUGCUCCUCCGGCAGCCGUUCCUUCUGCUCCUCCGGCAGCCGCUCCCUCUACUCCGCUGGCAGCUCCAAGAACAUCCUUGAGCAGAACAACUCUGUGGAGGAAGAGGAAGGCAGCAGAGCUUUUAGCUCGAGAGCAAGGGCUGCCCCGUGCCCAGCAAACUCCAAGAAAAGACUACACGUGCAGUCAAUGUGGGCGGCCCGGAAAAAAAGAGUUUGGGCACACCAGGGCGGGAGGCUUUUUCUACUGUGCCACAGCAGAGGGAAAGACUGUGGAAGAGUGGAUGCAAGAGAUUAGAAAUGAAGGAAAUCCUUCAUUGUAGAUAGUUAAUUAUUUGUAAAUGUGUGUGUGGUGAAAUUAAGGAAAUUCUUCACUCUAAAACAUUAUUUAUUUAUU